AGUCUCCAGUCGCGAGAUGAGCUCCCCCGGAUUCCUGAGCAACUUCCACAUUCCGCACUUGGCGCCGGGUGCAGCUCCUCCAAGUGAGCCCAUGGACCGGAGCCGCAAUCAAUCUCCGCCAGCGCCGGAAAUCCCGACGGGCAAUCGUCUGGUGGCGCCGGGAAAGCAAGUGGGAAACUCUGGUGAUUCUCCAGCCAUGAGACCUCCGUUGAAACGGAAGGCUGAGCGGAUGGAGGAGGAUCCAUCUCCAGAGCUGGCCUUGUUUCCCGGACGCGACGAGAGUUAUCCGGAGGAGCUGAACCGCCUGAUAGGGCCACUCAAUUGCGAACUGUGCAAGGUGCAGGUGACCUCGAGGAAGUGCGCCCGGGAUCACUACGAAUCGAAGGCCCACGACCGGCACAUCAGCGCCUGGCUGGCCAAGAACUACACGGAGGCGGGUCUGGAGGCUCCCCAGGUGAAGCGGAUGGCCAAGCAGGGACCCACCGGCCCGAAUGCCUUCUACUGCGACCUCUGCGACCUGGAUCUCACCUCCUCCAUGCACGCCCGCCAGCAUUAUUUGGGCAGGAAGCACAAGCUGGUGGAGCAGCGCAUCUCGAAGCCCUCGGGAGCGGGUCACUACGAUGCAGCAGGGAAGUGGGUCCGCACGAGCAGCAAGUUCGAGGGAGAGGGUUCCAGUUCCAAUCCCCCCGAUGGUCGUCAUGGUAUAGGCAGUCUGUUCUUAAAAGCGGAGGAAGUAGUAGCUUCCAAGGAGAUGGAGGUAGCUACCCAGGAGAGUCCAAACGACAAGGAGCAGCGCUCCUGCAGCCUGUGCAAAAUAGUGGUCACCUCGGCUCCCCAGAUGCAAAUCCACUUGGCAGGAGCCAGGCAUCAGAAGAAUCUGAAAGCUGCUGCUGGUCAGGAUCAGCCGGUGGCUUCGGGAGAUACUGCCUCGCUUCCAGAGGCUCCUCCCCAGAAAUUAGAGAAACUAGACGCCGCGGAACUGGCCCUUUAUCGCACUCCAAUUGGCCAGUACUACUGCCAGCCCUGCAACAUGAUGAUGAACCAUGUGACCACCUUGCAGCAGCACCUCAUCGGCAAGAAGCAUCAAAAGACGGCGAAAAACCUUCCACAGGCGGAGAAGACCGCUUAAGACAACCAGACGAUUAAUACUUAUAGUCAUAACUAUAGUUAAUCAAUUAAUAAUUGUAAUGAAUAAUUAUGUAGAAAAUGGAAGCAACAUUUCAUUUAUAAAUCUUACUUUUCUUGUACAUUCAUAAUGUAUAAAAAAUUGAAAUAAUAAGUUGUAGUAUUAUAAUAUGAAAAAUUCUUUGGACAAUGGAAAACCAUUUAAUUUUAAAAUCCUACUUUCUAUUCGUAAUACGAAAUCUAUGAAAAACAAUGACUUAAUUUCCAAUUUGCAAUAUAAUAAACAUGACAAAUAUGUUACCAAAGU